AUGCAUCGCACCGUUCCGCAAAAAUCACCACUCAAACUGCUGCAACCAUUUUUAGAUCCCGAAGGUAUUGUACGCGUGGGAGGACGUCUGAGAAAUUCCGAAGAACUGUAUUCCGCAAAACAUCCAGCUGUACUACCGCCCUCUCAUCCCCUCACCACAUUGAUUGUAGAAUAUUAUCACCUGAAAACACUCCACGGCAGCCAAAAACUGACUCUUUCAGUGCUUAGGCAGGAAUAUUGGCCAAUUCAUGGUAAAAGAGUUAUCAAACAAGUGUUACGCAAAUGUCACAAGUGCUUCAGAGCCAACCCAAUCCCAACACAACAGCCGACUGGGCAACUUCCAAAUAUAAGAGUUCGAUCCAGUAAGCCAUUCCAGUUCACAGGCGUUGAUUAUUGUGGACCAUUUUUUCUAAAGCCACCCCAUCGUCGAGCUGCCUCUCCCAAAUGCUACAUCGCUGUUUUUGUGUGCUUCACAACAAAAGCUCUUCACCUUGAACUCGUGGGCGAUUUAACUACAACGUCGUUCCUAUCAGCUUUCCGUAGAUUUAUUGGCCACCAUGGAAUUCCUUCUGAAAUACAUUCCGACAACGGCACAACCUUUGUAGGUGCAAAGCGAGAAUUAAAAGAGCUGUAUGAGAUGUUGCGGUUGAAAAUAACUCAAAACACCAUUUCGAAUGAAUUCGCACAGCAAGGAAUCGAAUGGAAAUUUAUUCCUCCUCGUGCACCCAGCUUUGGAGGAUUGUGGGAAGCAGCAGUUCGAAGCGUUAAAACGUCUCUAAAAAAAGUGAUCGGUUCUCGCCAGAUGUCUUAUGAAGACUACACCACUUUGCUCGUCCAGAUAAGCGCUGCCCUCAAUUCUAGACCCAUUAUUGCUCUCUCAGAUGAUCCAUCAGAUAUCGAUGCCCUCACCCCCUCGCAUUUUUUGAUCGGCUCUCGCAUGACCGAUUUGCCUGACCAAAACUACCAAAACAUUCCCCUCAACCGUCUUACCCACUACCAGCAAAGACAGCAAAUGUACCAGCAUUUUUGGGAUCGUUGGCGUAAGGAAUACCUCACCGAGUUGCAGAGAUCCCAUAACAACAUCAGUCCAAAUCAGAUACGUGUUGGGAGUAUAGCUGUUCUCCGAGAAGAUAAUAUCCCACCAGUGUGUUGGCCCUUGGCACGAGUCAUCGCAGUUCAUCCGGGCGGCGACGAAGUCGUUAGGGUGGUCACCGUGAAAACAUCGAAUGGCAUCUACAAACGCUCCGUUUAUAGACUUUGUUUCUUACCAUUUAAUGAUGCCGAUGUGGAGGAAAAUGAAGACCCCAUCAAUAGUUGUGGCAGAAAUGUAUGUGUAUUUUAUGUAUAG